AUGGAGAUAACGUUAACGUUGUCAACGCAGGCGCCAGAGCAGCAGGCGCAGGAGUGGAACGGCGCGGUGGAGGCCCUGCUCCCGUCGACCCCGGCCGCCGCGGCGUGGCCGCACCUCGCCAGCUUCUGCGCGCUGCACCGGUACCUCUCCGGCGUCGACGUCUGCGAGCGCGUUGCCGGCGAGGACGGCCGCCCGGGCUGCGUCCGCUACGUCGCCUCGCACCCGGCGGGGGAGGAGGGCCAGGAGCAGCUGCAGGCCAAGUGGGCGCACGAGGAGCUGCUGGAGCUGGACGACGCCGGGCGGAGGCUCAGCUACGCCGUCGUCGGCGGCAACAUGGGGUUCGGCCGCUACGUCGCCACCAUGACGGUUGCCGGGGAGACGGAGGCGGCGGGGUGCAGGAUCGUGUGGGAGUUCGAGUGUGAGCCCGUGCAGGGGUGGAGCAGGGACGGGCUCGUCGGCUACCUUGACCACGCCGUCAAGGGCAUGGCCGCGCGGAUCGAGGAGGCCGCCACCGCGGAUGAAUCAUGAGGCGUCGCUGGCUCUCCUUGUUAAAAUCUUGCUAGUAGUUAUACUAUACUAGAUUGAAAUUAGUGGAUGUGUCUGGCAAUAUUUUGUUGCUUCAAGUUGGUUUUGUUUUUGUUG